AUGGAACUGACUGAACACGCACGUGUGGUGUAUCCUAACUUAAAAUAUUACGGAGUUAUAUUUAGAAGGUUUAUUAAGGAAUUUCAUUUGGGAAACUUUAUGCAAUGUGGUGGUAAUUAUAAAAAGGUGGCGGAUCGAAUGAACAAAAUCUCUAAUUAUUAUACACUUCUUAUGGUACCAAUAAUAUGGUUAGGCGUUAUUCUUUUUAAUUUAUCCCCAUUAUUGACCAAUGUAACAAGUGGGGCAUUCCAGAACCCGCGCCCCAAAAACAUAACGCUACGUUUCUCUGUAUACUACGAGUAUCCCGGUUUCAAGCCAGAGGAAAAUUUUAUCCUUGUCACAAUAUUAAAUCUGUAUUUUUCCUACGGCUGCACUGUUGUUGUAUGUACUCUGGAUUUACUACUUAUCCUUAUGUGUUUUCAAAUUGUCGGCCACCAAUUGGUUUUGCAAGCUAACCUCGAUGGCUUUCCGAAACCGAGAAAACUAAGCGUUUUACAGUUAACUGGAGAAGUGAAAGUAAUGGUUGAAAAAUAUUCGAUCGAAGAAAACACACAUAUUCAUUGUAUGCUAAGGGAAAAUGUACUUCAUCACCGAUAUAUUGUUUGUUUUGUGGACGAUAUUUCAUCAUUUUUCGGGCCCAUGAUGGGAUUGGUUUACUUUUUUGAUGUCACCGGCUUUUGUCUUUUGUUUCUCGAAUGUUCGCAAUUGAACACUGAAUCAUUGGCUCGUUUCGGACCGUUAACGAUUAUAGCAGUAUCACAGCUUAUAGAAAUAUCCAUUAUUUUCGAAAUCGUCGGCUCUAUGAGUGAAAAGCUAAGGGACAAUGUAUACAAUUUGCCCUGGCAAUGUAUGGAUAUGAAAAAUCAGAUGACGGUUUUGAUUUUCCUUAAUAGAAUUCAGAGAACAAUGCAUAUCACGUGUAUGGAGGUGAUGCCUGUCGGUGUACAAAGCAUGGCCUCUAUAUUGAAAACAUGCUUCUCAUACUUCACUAUUCUACAGUCUAUGAAUACUUAA